AUGAAUAGAUUCGAGUACGCGGAAGCUAGGCUGAUGCCAAAUGAAAUUUUUGUUAGAAGGAAUAUGUCAAUAAGAAUUUAUGAUGGUGACACCAAGACAAAUUUCGCAGGCGGUGAAUUAGUAUUGACAAGCCAUCGGCUGAUAUGGGGCCGACCUGGCGACAUACCGAACGGAAAAGUUUGUCUAUCGUUAUCGCUCCGGUACGUUAUCUUCUUCGAAGAAGAAGCACCAAGUACAUUUUCAUUUGGCCGUAGUAAAAAAAUAAUUCUACACCUAGCCGAGCCGCCGAUCAGCAAGUCUCCCGGGCCGGUGGAUAACAGCACAAAUAUGCACAUAAAGUUAUCGUUCAAAGAAGGUCUAGAUCCUAAUUACAUUACCCAGCUGGCUGAUGUUAUUAUGAAGAAACAGUGGGAAGUUAUAAUAAGCUCACCUAUAAUUGAACCUGAAGCGACUAAUCCUCAGAAAAGCCAGUUGCCGGUGAUUAAAACUCGGACCGGAAUUAUCGGAAUCGAAAGGGGCUUGCAGGAGAAACAGAAAGCUACCGAUCAAAGUAUUACCAUGGCCUUCCAAGACCUUAAGAAACUGAUGGAGAUGGCCAAAGAUAUGGUGUCGAUAUCUAAAACAAUUUCUAAUAAAAUUCGGGAACGUCAAGGUGACAUUACUGAAGAUGAGACUGAGGUAGGAGGAAUGAUGACAUUGACUGACGCCUAUUGUCGCGUAAACAGAGCCCGUGGGUUAGAACUACUGUCACCAGAAGAUUUAUUAAACGCUAGUAGACAACUGGGUCCUUUGAACCAACCAUUAGUUCUAAGGAUAUUCGACAGCGGUGUUAUGGUACUGCAGGCUAGGUCUCAUGACGACAAUGCUGUUAUUGAAGACAUUGCUGAACUGCUUGAUGACAGAGGAUCAAUAACCGCGGAAGAACUGGCCCAGUCUAGUGGAAUUUCAGUUUUAUUAGCGCGAGAAAGGCUGUUGGUGACCGAAAAAUACGGGCGCGCUUGCCGUGAUGAUUCUAUUGAAUCAUUGAGAUUUUAUCCAAAUCUCUUUCUUCGGCAAGAAACAUAA